AUGCAGUCAUUGCACAGACUGUACAGUCAGAAGAGGAAAGACGAUCGAAGACGAGCUAAGCCUAAGCCCCGGCCGAGAGGGAGAGGCAAACAAGCGGUGCCCGAAGAAAAUGUGGUCCAACGAGUGAACUGUCACUUCUGUAGCGUUAGUUUUGUGACCACUAAACUGGACGUCAAUAACCUAUGCUAUAAUCCGGGCAAAAAUGUGACCGCUUCUGACGCCGACUACUUGACCACGUGUUCGGCGACGAGUCGGUACUGUAUGGUCGACAUCACCCGUUUGGGCGGCGGUCUCAUCGGCGUUGACCGCAAGUGCGGCGGCAGUACUUGUAAUUACUUUUGCAUUAGUAAAGGAUACGGCACUGAGAUCGAGACCUGCACUUUCUGUUGCCCCGGAAAACCCGUCAUCGAUCCCGACCUCUUGGAGGAGGGGGAGGCGCCGCCUCUCUAUAAGUGCCCCGAAUAUUCACAUGUCUAA